AUGGCCAGUGAAUCUGCUCUUCGUUUUCAACUCAUGGAUUUGCAAAAAGGCUCUCAACCCAUUGAUACUUACCUUCGUCAUGCUAAGUCCCUUGCGGAUUCAUUGGCUGCCAUCAAUGAACCUGUCUCCCCAAAAGAACUUGUCACUGCUGUGCUUCAGGGUUUAGGAUCCGAUUACAAAAUGCUCGUCAAGGCAAUUCUCAAUUUUCCUCCACUUCCUGACUUUGCUAAUCUUCGUGCUCGUUUGUUAGCUUUUGACGCACAGGCUCCUCGAAUCUCUCAUGAUCAAAACACAGUGCUAAUGGCCACCCAAUCCUCUCCACACACCACCGGUCAUACUUCCUUCCCUUCUCAUCGUGGUGGUGGCUCUUCCAGCAACAUGUGCGGUGGCUGGCACGGUCGUGGCCGUUGUGGCUGGAGCAACUUCUCAUCUUCCUGGAGCAACCCGUGGAAUGGCUUCCAGCAGCCCAAAUGGCCUAAUCAACCGUGGCCUUCUUUUGCUCCAAGUUCUGGAUCUCAAAGUAGCUGGCCUUCCAUUCAGCCUCCUUGGGCCCAAUCUGCCGCUUCUAGCAAACACUCUGCACGACCCAACUCAGCUCCGGGUGUCUUAGGAACCGCUUAG